UGAGCACUUUAAACAACUCUGUUAUAAUCUGUUAUGAAAAUCCAAAACCAAUGAAAGAAAAAGCAUUUUCAAGAAAAAAGAAAGUACAAAGAAAUGUAAAACGAACAUUCUAUGAAAGUCCACUGAAACAUAUCCAAUUAAGUAGCAAAAGAUGGGCACAAGCACAAAAACGACUAUUAUUUAAUACUAACCAAGUCUUUAACAAAAGAAAAGAUUCUUUUUGCUUUGCAAAAGAGUCUUUACAAGAUAGUGUUAUUAUUUUAAGCGAUAAUGAAAAUGAAUCAAAUAAUAAAGAUGAUGAGUAAACAAGAACUACAAACAAGAAAGAGAUUCUUAGAUUUAUCAAUAAAUGGUGAAGGAGGUCCUCAUUGUAAUUCAAAUGAAACAUUAAGUCAAACGAAAACUGCAGUAGAAGGACCUCCAAGGAAGAAAAGGAAAAAGAACAUUGUUGCACUAUCAGAAAAUAAUUCAACUUGUCCUUCAGUAUCUAAUACAAUUAUUGAUUUAGAUGAUGAAAACACAGCUUUGGUAUCAGAUUCUAUAAAUCAAAGUUUAGAUGAUAUUGUUGUGGUAUGGUCAUCAACAAAAACUGUCCCAUCACCUGCAGAAACUAUUCCAUCGUCUGUAGAAACUGUUCCACCAUCUGCAGAAACUGUUCCACAAUCUGUAGAAAUUCUUGUGCCAAGUGUAAAAACUCCACCAUGUGCAAAAAUUCCACCACAAUCUGUGAAAAUUUCACCAUGUGCAAAAACAUCUCUACCAUCUGUAAAUCAAUCAAAAGAAGAACCUAUAAAUCGAAAGAAGAAUGACAGAAUUUUUAUGAUAGAUACUACUCCAAAUAAAAACAAUCUUAGUUGCUUACAAUCCAAUGAAGAUAUAUUGCAACAAUAUGAAACAAAUACUGAAAAGGAUGCAAAAAACAAAAAAGUAGAAGAAGAAGAAAGCGCGAAAACUUGUUUACCUUUCAGCAAACGCAGAUUGAAAUUUCCUAAACCUCAUAAUAUAAGCAAAAACAUUAUAAUGACAAAACCAAAGACAACUCAAAGAUUAAGAAAUUUGAAACGAUCAGCAACAAACUAUACUACAUCUACAUUUACAUCUACUACAUCUACUAUAUCCACUACAUUUAAUACACCUGCUACAUCUACUAUAUCCACUACAUUUAAUACACCUGCUACAUCUACUAUAUCCACUACAUUUAAUACACCUGCUACAUCUACUAUAUCCACUACAUUUAAUACACCUGCUACAUCUACUAUAUCCACUGCAUUUAAUACAUCUAUUAUACCUACUAUAUCCACUACGUUUGAUACGUCUACUAUACAUACUAUAUCCAAUACGUUUGAUACGUCUACUAUACAUACUAUACCCAAUACAUUUGAUACGUCUACUAUACAUACUAUAUCUAGUACAAGUACAUUACCAUUUGUAUAUAAUAUGCCGGUUGCAUAUAACUAUCCUAAUUUAUAUGAAUUUCCUAAUCCUGGAUUUCAAACUACUUUUGAGCCUAGCUUUAUAUCAUAUCCUCAAUUAUCUACAACUGGAUCAUCUGUACCUCAACCACUUAAUAGCUUACGGGAAAUAGUUAUUGAUGGCAACAAUAUAGCUAUGGCGUAUCGUAAACAUAAAAUAUUUGCGGAGGAAGGAAUCCGGAUAGUCGUAGAGUAUUUCCAAAAGAGGGGUCAUUCUGUUAAAGUAUUUGUACCUCAUUAUAGAAGAUCACUAAACCACCCAUUACUUGAAAAGUUAUACACAGAUGGAAUAGUAAUUUUUACACCAAGUCGGGUUAUCGGUGGUAAACGGAUAACUCCUUACGAUGAUCGGUAUAUAUUAGAAUAUGCAACAAUGUGUGGAGGUAUCGUAGUUUCUCUGGACCAAUAUAGAGAUCUAUAUUUGGAAAAACCAGAAUGGCGCGAUACAAUUGAAAAAAGACUAUUGAUCCCAACAUUUGUAGGAAAUUAUGUUAUGUUUCCUGAAGAUCCUUUAGGUAGAGGUGGUCCUACACUGGAAGAAUUUCUAAGACAUUGAAUGUAAAAUGUAGUAAAGGAUCGAUGUAAAUAGAAAUUUAGUUUAUACA